UUCCUUCUCUUCUUCUCUUCUUAUAAGAGCUUGGUUUCCGCCACCCGCCGCCUGGAGAAACAAGAACGAAGAAGAGGCCUUUGGGUCCUAUCUUGUAUUCCAAAGUCCUCCUCUUUGCGUUUUUCUCAUUCGUAACGUCCCUAAUCUCUCUCUCAUUCAAGUCUAUAACCAAAGCAAACCCACAAAAGCACCAAAUCAAAUCCCAGAAAGAAAAGCAAAAGAGAGACAGAGACCUUUGUAUUCACCGCCAUUGUGAACAAGAAUUUGAUACAAGAAGUUGUGACGGUUGAAAAGUUGGGAACUUUAUAACAGAGACAAAAAUGAAGUACGUGUUGGUGACGGGUGGUGUUGUUAGUGGACUCGGCAAAGGAGUCACGGCCAGUAGUAUUGGAUUGCUUCUUCAAGCUUGUGGCCUUCGUGUUACGUCAAUCAAAAUUGAUCCUUACUUGAACACCGAUGCUGGGACAAUGUCUCCUUUUGAGCAUGGGGAAGUGUUCGUAUUAGACGAUGGCGGUGAGGUUGACCUUGACCUCGGAAAUUAUGAGCGGUUUCUGGAUCUCACUUUGACCCGUGACAACAAUAUCACAACUGGCAAAAUUUAUCAGUCUGUUAUUGACAAGGAGAGAAAGGGAGACUAUCUUGGAAAGACUGUCCAGGUUGUUCCUCACAUUACGGAUGCCAUCCAAGAGUGGAUAGAACGUGUGGCAAUGGUACCUGUGGACGGGAAAGAAGGUCCAGCUGAUGUAUGUGUCAUCGAAUUGGGUGGAACUAUAGGGGAUAUUGAAUCAAUGCCCUUUAUUGAGGCCCUUGGCCAAUUUUCUUAUCGUGUUGGUCCCGGAAAUUUCUGCUUGGUUCAUGUCAGCCUUGUGCCUGUUCUGAAUGUUGUCGGUGAGCAGAAAACAAAGCCUACACAGCAUAGUGUUCGGGUACUUAGAGGACAGGGUUUGACACCUAAUAUUCUAGCUUGUAGGAGUACAAAGCCACUUGAGGAGAAUGUGAAGGCAAAACUUGCUCAAUUUUGCCACGUACCGGCAGAAAAUAUUGUCACUCUUUAUGAUGUUCCAAACAUCUGGCACAUCCCAUUGCUUUUAAGAGAUCAAAAGGCACAUGAAGCAAUCUUGAAAGAAUUAAACCUUCAGAGGGUUUCUAGAGAGCCAAAUUUGAAGGAAUGGACAACCAGGACAGAAAUUUCCUCAAAUUUACAUGAUUCUGUCAGAAUUGCAAUGGUUGGAAAAUACACCGGUCUUUCAGAUGCUUACCUCUCUGUUCUAAAGGCUCUUCUACAUGCUUCUGUUGCUUGCCGUCGGAAACUUGUUGUAGAUUGGGUUGCAGCAGGUGACCUUGAAGAUGUUACUGCUAAAGAGGCUCCUGAGGUUCAUAAGGCUGCAUGGGAUCUUUUGAAGGGCGCUGAUGGUGUUCUAGUUCCAGGAGGAUUUGGUGAUAGAGGAGUGCAAGGGAAAAUUCUUGCGGCAAAGUAUGCUCGUGAAAACAAAGUUCCAUUCCUGGGCAUUUGCCUGGGAAUGCAAAUUGCUGUUAUUGAGUUUGCACGAUCUGUUCUUGGUAUGCUUGAUGCUAACAGCACGGAGUUUGAUCCUAAAACUACAAGUCCUUGUGUCGUAUUUAUGCCAGAGGGUUCAAAAACACAUAUGGGAGGCACUAUGCGUCUGGGAUCAAGGAGGACCUACUUCACGGUUACUGACUGCAAAUCUGCAAAAUUGUAUGGAGAUGUGGCGUUUGUUGAUGAACGACAUCGACAUAGAUAUGAGGUCAAUCCUGAUAUGAUAUCGCAAUUCGAAAUUGCUGGCUUAUCAUUUGUUGGCAGAGAUGAAACUGGUCGGCGCAUGGAGAUUAUUGAGCUGCCUGCCCAUCCGUACUUUGUUGGUGUUCAGUUCCAUCCCGAAUUUAAGUCAAGGCCAGGCAAACCUUCUGCUCUGUUCUUAGGACUAAUAGCAGCAUGCAGGCGUUCAGAUACAAUCCUACAAAACAAUGGCCAUCUGAUAAAGCCUGUUGCAAAUGGGACUAGUAAUGGACACUUCACAGUGAAAUCCCACCAGAAUGGACAUGCAUUUAAGUCAUCAAAUGGGUGUCUAAAUGGCGUGUAUAGCAAUGGUAAUGGCGUGCACUUGUAAGAGAAGUUGGGGGCCUCAAGGUAACGUUUCUCCAAAGUGCUUUUGGUAGCUGUCGGUUAUGAUGUACAGAAGCUGAGUAUGGGUAGAUGGCGUAGCUCUAGAGGACUUGUCUUCAGGACAAAGCUGGAUUUUGAAGUUUUGAAUGACACAGCGGGUAAUUUACAAGAAGAUUUGGCUUGAAGUUUGAUGUUGCUUCAUUUAACUGUCCUUUUAUUUCCGUUUCUUUUCUUAAAAUAUAUGAGAGGACUUUUGGCCGUUGGCCUUGGAAAAGAGGAACUGAACUGACGGACAUAUUUCAAUAUAUGUUUUGAAGAAUUGACAUGUUUCUUUCUCAAAAUAUCUAUCAGAAAGUUAAAAACACUUGCGGCUUGUA